CCCAAAUCAGUCUUCUUCUUCCCUUCACUAGAGCAAACAUCCUAUCAUCAUCUCCAAACUAAAAAAAUAUGGCUGAGAUCAAAGUAGACCCUUCUCUCCACCAUCCCCUGGCCAUCCCCGAGUACGAAAUCUCAACUCAGAAGCCUAACAAAACUCAGCGGGUUGCCUCACUGGACAUCUUCAGAGGCCUUACUGUGGCACUGAUGAUUCUAGUGGAUGAUGCUGGAGGAGAGUGGCCUGUGAUUGGCCAUGCACCAUGGCAUGGCUGCAACCUUGCUGAUUUCGUUAUGCCCUUCUUUCUUUUCAUUGUUGGAAUGGCCAUUCCUCUUGCUCUUAAGAGAAUGCCAAGUAGGGGUAAAGCUGUGAAGAAGGUGGUUUUCAGAACCCUAAAGCUCCUCUUUUGGGGUUUGUUAUUACAAGGAGGGUUUUCGCAUGCUCCCGACGAGUUAACAUACGGUGUCGAUAUGAAGAUGAUAAGGUUCUGUGGCAUUCUACAGAGAAUUGCUUUUGCAUAUCUGGUAGUGGCACUUGCAGAGAUUUUGAAAGAUGCACAAUCCAAUGGUACUUCAGUUGGCCAUUUCUCUGUUUUUAGGUUAUAUUGUUGGCAUUGGCUGUUAGGUGCAUGCAUACUUAUUUUGUAUUUGGCUUUACUUUACGGAAUAUAUGUACCGGACUGGCAGUUCACUGUCCGUGAUAAGGAUAGUGCUGAUUAUGGGAGAGUUUUCACUGUAGCCUGCAAUAUGAGAGGAAAACUUGAUCCUCCUUGUAAUGCCGUCGGAUAUAUCGACAGAGAAGUCUUGGGGAUCAAUCACAUGUACCAUAAACCUGCAUGGAGAAGAUAUAAGGCUUGCACCCAGAAUUCCCCCUACGAGGGACCGUUCAAAAACGAUGCUCCGUCAUGGUGUCAUGCACCUUUCGAACCUGAAGGAAUUUUAAGCUCGAUAUCUGCAAUUCUUUCUACAAUCAUAGGAGUGCAUUUCGGGCAUGUGCUCGUACAUUUGAAGGGUCAUUCAGAAAGGCUGAAGCAAUGGAUCGUGAUGGGGUUCGCUUUCCUCGUUCUAGGAUUUGCCUUGCAUUUUACACUAAUUCCAUUGAACAAACAACUAUAUACUUUCAGCUAUGUUUGCGUUACAUCUGGAGCAGCAGCACUUGUCUUCUCAACCAUUUAUAUUCUGGUCGACAUAUGGGGUUUCAAGUACAUGUUUCUGCCAUUAAAAUGGAUCGGCAUGAAUUCAAUGCUGGUUUAUGUCAUGGCUGCUGAAGGCAUAUUUGCAGGCUUCAUAAACGGGUGGUAUUACGAGGAUCCAAAUAAUACAUUGGUUUAUUGGAUUGAAGAACACAUAUUCAUAAGGGUUUGGCAUUCAAGAGGAGUAGGCAUCCUACUAUAUGUUAUAUUUGCAGAGAUCCUCUUCUGGGCUAUCGUUGCCGGCAUUUUGCAUCGAUACGGAGUUUAUUGGAAGCUUUGAUCCUUCCCUACACAACCUAGAGAUAGUAAUAGAUAGUGCAGUUUCAGAUAUUUACAGGUAUUCGACCUACUCUCGUUUUAUAUUCGAAUUAUAUUUAAAAUA